AUGCUCGUCGAAAUUGCCGGUGAUUUUUUGAACACCGGCUUGGCACGUAGACCAGAGUGUUUAAAUAAAAACCGGGGAAAUGAGAAUCGUGGUUACCAAGGUCCGGAAGACGAAGCUGACACAAGCGUAACGCAAGCGUUAACUCGCCGAUUGGAAGACGAACUCCGUGCGGCUAAAUCGGCUCAAUUAUCAUGCGGAGAAGUUUUGCUUCCAUCUGAUCUCUUACCCCGAAUCGCUCGCGAUGUGAUAAGAAUGGCAGAAAAUGAACCUUGCGGAUUAAGGGGUUGCACUUUGUUUGUCAGUUUUGAAGCGUCAGACGUGCAUAGGAAAAUAAGUACAAUUAAAUGUGAUCCUCACACCGUAUCAACGUUUGAAUUAUAUUUAACAUUAAAACAAGAUUCGAGUUCUUGGCAUUCGCUCCUUCCUCAAUUUUUAAAGUGA